CGCGCGGCCGCUUGUUGAGUCUGGGCUCCAUGGUCUCCAUGACGCCCGACAAACAUUCCGGUGCUUCAGCACCAGCCUAACGCCUGGGGUUGGGGUACAGGGACUCCAGGAGCCGGCAGGGAAGGGGGUGGUCGACCCCUUCCCAGCUAGUCGCCACCAUGCCCAUGUCUCCGACAGACAGCCGCAAGCAGAUGAACCUCGGAUUGAACAUUGGCUUACAGCCAAGGAAGUCUAUAAUUAACUUUCCUGGCCCAGGAAAAGCUCAAAUGAAAGGAUAUGCUAGUGCAAACCAAAGCAAAAUGGGUAUGUCAAAAACCAUGAUGAUGGUACCAGAGAUGAAAGCAAUAGAAAAAACUUCCACCACAAAGACAUUCAUACAGGUGUUUGAUGUAAAUGGAGUUGAUGUUACUCCUCGAGCUCUUUACCAUCCAGAUUCAUAUAGUGGUUCAGCAAAGCCAAGUAACCUAUUGACAUCACAAGAAGCAUCAUUUGCAUCGGAAUAUGUAGCUUCCCCUAGCCUUUAUCAAAAUACACUAAAUCCGAGUAUGUUAGGGCAGUUUACAAGGUCAGUUUUAGGAAGCAGUGUAAUUUCCAAGUCAAGUAUAUCAACUACUGAAUCAAUAGCAGAAGACCUAGAAGAACCAUCCUAUAAACGAGGAGGACUGACUAGUUUUACAGAUUUACGAGUUAUGAGACUACCUAGAAAAACUGUAAUAAAAGAAGACUUAGAGAAGACUAUAGAGAUAAUACUCACAGAGACAGAAACACUGACAUUUUUUAACCUACCAACAGUCAUGAUCUCUGUAGAAGCUGAUGAAGCUGAGAAAAUAAUCCGGAGAAACAAGGAUUAUGAGAACCUUUGUAAAAAUAGAUUAGGCAAUGACUUAUAUGUUGAAAGAAUGAUGCAGACUAUUAAUGGAGCACCAAAAAAUAAAGAUGUUCAAUGUGACAAAAUUAUAAAGGAAGACAAAGGCAUAAUGUCUACUACUUGGGAUUUGUAUGAUUCUUUCGUUGCUCUGGAGCUUUCAGCCGCAUCAGUUCAACAACCUGUACUUGAUUCUGCCAGUAAAGAAAAUACAAAACGAUCUUUAAUUGAGUCGAGCAGUAAAGGAAGUGUGCUUAAAGAUCGAGACCAAAGAGGGCAAGGAAGUACUACAGAAAAAAAUAGUGAAGCUAGUUCUAUAAUGGAAAUAGAAAAUGUAAUUCUGGCUAAAAUGCAUGAUGAUGAAGAAGACAACUCAGAUGCAAUAUUCAAAUCUGAAAAGUUUCAUCAGGACUUAUUUUUUAUGGAACGAGUUAUAAUGGAGAAUAUAUUUCAGCCCAAACUUGCAGCUUAUCGUCAGCUUCCUAUUUUAAAAGAACCAGAACCUGAAGAGCCUGAAGACUUAUUAGAAGGUGAAAAAGUUGAAGAGGUAGAAGAAGAGGUUAAAAGAGAAGAGGAAGAAGAAAUAGAGAUAGAUGCAGAACAAUCAACAAUACCAGCCAAUUUAGAACGACUUUGGUCCUUUUCCUGUGACUUAACCAAAGGCCUUAAUGUGAGCAGCCUUGCCUGGAAUAAAACAAAUCCAGACCUUUUGGCUGUUGGCUAUGGGCAUUUUGGAUUUAAAGAGCAAAAAAAAGGAUUGGCUUGCUGCUGGUCAAUAAAGAAUCCCAUGUGGCCAGAACGUAUUUAUCAGAGUCCAUAUGGAGUUACUGCUGUGGAUUUUUCCAUUGGAUCACCUAAUCUUCUGGCAGUUGGCUAUCACAAUGGCACCAUUUCAGUUUAUAAUGUACAGAGCAACAUUAAUGUCCCAGUUCUGGACGCUAGUGAAUCACCUCAAAAACAUUUGGGACCUAUAUGGCAACUACAGUGGAUAGAACAAGAUCGAGGAACAACAGGUGAAGACAAAAGAGAAAUAUUAGUUUCUAUAUCAGCAGAUGGAAGAAUCUCCAAAUGGAUUAUACGGAAAGGACUGGACUGUCAUGAUUUGAUGCAUUUGAAACGAACUACUACCAGCUUCAGCAAAAAAGGAGUGGAAAAGGAAAAGAAAGGUGAAGCUUUGAUAUCUCGACAGGCUCCUGGAAUGUGUUUUGCUUUUCAUCCCAAGGACACAAAUAUAUAUUUGGCUGGCACUGAAGAAGGUCAUAUUCACAAAUGUUCUUGUUCAUACAAUGAACAAUACCUAGAAACCUACAGAGGACAUAAGGGUCCAGUGUAUAAAAUAGCAUGGAAUCCAUUUUGUCAUGAUGUGUUCUUAAGCUGUUCUGCAGAUUGGGGUGUUAUUAUAUGGCAACAGGAGAAUCCCAAGCCAUUUUUGAGUUUUUAUCCAACUACUUAUGUUGUUUAUGAUGUUGCCUGGUCUCCAAAAUCAUCCUAUAUAUUUGCAGCUGCAAAUGAGAACAGAGUGGAGGUUUGGGACCUUCACAUCAGCACUUUGGAUCCUCUAAUUGUACAUGUUGCUAACCCUGGAAUCAAGUUCACAACUGUUCUCUUUGCUAAACAAACAGAAUGCCUUCUAGUGGGAGACAGUGAUGGACAGGUUGCUGUGUAUGAACUGAGAAAUAUGCCCAUUGCUUUGGAUUCUGGCCGGGUAAGACCCAAAAGUAACAAAUUUAGUAAUUUUAUGGUUUUAUUUAGUUGCAGUUUUGUGUUAUACAAGGGAUUUACAUUUCUUAUAUCUUAAGAGUAG